AUGAUUACAGCUUUAAUCAUUUACCCUUCUUCCCAUAUUUCUUGCAGUGAAAGCCAAAAGAGAAAGUCCCGUGAUGCUGCAACAGAGAGAGGCCAGCAGAAUGACGAGUUUACAGAGCUUGCAAGCCAGUUACCUAUUAUGCCUGUGCAGACUUCAAAUCUUGACAGACUUUGUGUCAUGAGGCUUUCAAACAGUUUUGUGAAAAUGAAACACAUCAUCAAGCAAGUUACUGGUGAGAUUCAGAACAUCAAGAAAGAAAUAAAUUUUGAUGCUAUGAUGCCUGCAGUGUCUGUUAUGGAUGCUUUGGAUGGCUUUAUGUUUGUCUUAUCUCAAGAAGGACAAUGUCUGUUUGUUUCCCCAAAUGUUGCACAGUACCUUGGGAUAACACAGGUUGACAUUACUGGCUGUAGUUUUUACAAGUAUGUACAUCCAUGUGAUCAAGAAGAACUAGCCCAACAGCUUGGUGGUCAGGUUCCUCUUGAAGAUAUGGAGAUAUUUGAUGGAUUAUUUUGUUCUGAUUUGCCAUCUGUGCUGAAAGAGAGCAGGAACAGACCUAUUUGCCGGAAGCUACAUGCAGAUUCAGAUACCUGCAGAUCAUUUUUUAUAAGAAUGAAAAGCACAUUGACCAGCAGGGGGAAAAGUGUUAACCUGAGUGCUUCAAUCUAUAGGGUUAUUCACUGUGUUGGCAAGGUACAGAGUUAUCAAACAAAAUUCAGUGCUCCCAACAACGAGCUGUACACUACCUGUUUGAUUGCUGUGGGAACCCCUCUGCUUGCGUCACCGACGUUUCAAGUACCUUUGGAUAGAACGACAUUCACAUCCACCCAUACGUUAGAUAUGAGAGUCUUGUCAAUGGAAGCCAUUGCGUAUGAUAUUCUUGGGUACAUUGACGUGGAGUUACUCGAUAAAUCAUGGUACAACUACGUGCAUACAUGUGACAUUGAUGUGAUUAAGAAGUGUCAUAGCUUGAUGUUGAGCAAAGGCCAGUCUGUGAGUGGAUAUUACCGCAUUAUGACCAAGAAAGGUGGCUGGAUUUGGAUGCUCACCAAAGGCAAUAUCGUCUAUUCAAACACCACAUUUCAACCCCAGUACAUCAUCAAUAUCAAUUAUGUUGUGAGCGGUGUUGAAGCAAGGGAACAGUUACUUUCGACCGAGCAGAUGCAGAGCGUCAUCAGAGUGUCAAAGCUUGGAGAGAAAAGAGGGCACGACGUUGACGAUUUUGUCGCCCCGUUCAAGUUUCAAAAAGGCCCCAGAGAAGCACCCUCCCCGGCCGGGAGUAAUAGUUGCUCCUCUGAAGACAGCCUAGCUACUUCUCGGAUGGAAGAGUUGGAGAGUAUAAUCAAGAGCCAAGCCCGUUAUGAAGAUUUGAUUGCUGAGCGCUAUUCUAACAGCAUGGACAGUGAUAGCAAUAUUGACGACGAACUGCCAAAAUUGGAAGCAAUUGACACAACCAGCGUGAAAGAGAAUGAUGUCAAUGGAGACACAACGGACUCAGAUUUACUGUGGAGAGCUCCAUUCGUCAUGUUACCUGAAAACGAUACGAUGCUGUUUUUGCCAGGCUGUUCUCCUAUCUCUGUUAACGAUGAAGAUGCCAGUGUUGAGGAAGAUAACCCAGAUGAGCUAGCAGCGAGAGCUCCAUUUGUGCCGCCACCAAAUGACGAUACCAUCCUGACAUUUAAUGACCUUCCUGACUCACCCAUUUUCUCUGGCUUUGGGAGCCAAGAUGGGGGAUGCAAGAUGCCUGAGCUCUAUCUAGAGGAGCCAUUUGAAGACAAGUUGGUUGGUAUUGGCCCGGCGGCAGUGCCUGCUUCACACAUCAAGAGAAAUGUUCAGGGUUGUCAGAAAGCAACACGUGGGGCAAAGAAAGAAACAAUGCAGGAUGGAAAACAAAAAGGGUUUCUGCCCUGGAUUUCAACCACAGAAGCAGAGAUGAAUGCCCCAAGUGGUCGUCUGUUAGACGGCGACGACCUUCUUUCGGCACUUGACGUUGUUACGUGAGUUGUUGUUUUUAGCAAGUUUGACUUGAAAAGGUACACUGUUUAUUAUCUAGUAAAUACCUGUGGGUGUAGUUGCGUAUUUUAUUGUAAUGUUUACGAGCGCGCAAAACUGGAGUAAAAUAUUGUGAAGAGAGGCCAGCAGCUUUUUUUAAAAAUGUCCACAAAAUGUUAACUCCGCUGGUAGCUGGAGCAUUCAGCCAGAUCAUGAAUGCAGUGCCAUGAGCUUAACUUUGAUUUCAAUUGGUACGAACACUCUCUCGUAUUAUUAUGCAAGUAGGUACAACUUCCUAAUGUUUUUAAGCAAAUUUCUAUCCCAGUCAACCAGGUUAUUUCAUAUUACCGUGAGCUUUUUUAGUCUUUUUGGCUCGUCUAAUUUUUUAUCAUACGUCACAGGCACUUUCAUAUCAUAACUUACCGAGAAUCGCAUAUUACUCCAGUUGUCUCAAAGAAUUGUUAACCUUGUAUUAGCUUCGGUGGUCAUAGUUUUUAAUAAACCGUAACGGCACUGAUAAUUGCCAAGUGAGCUUUCAUAAAUAGCUAUAGUGUAGUGACCGUUUUAUUUUUUGGGGAAUUAUCGUUAAUUUAGACUAGGGGGAGGGGGGAAUUCUUUCAAAAAACGAUACCUGUAGCCUAUUUAUCCUUAUUCCAAAGUUGUUCAAGAUGUAGAACUAUGAACCCUCGUACAAUUUCUUUUAGAUUUUGCCCUUUGCUCCUUUAUGAGUUUGCCCUUUGCUCCUUUUAGAUUUUGCCUUUUGCUCCUUUUAGAUUUUGACCUUUACUCCUUUUAUAUUGGGCCUUUGCUCCUUUUAGAUUUUGCCCUUUGCUCCUUUUAGAUUUUGCUCUUUGCUCCUUUCGAUUUUGCCCUUUGCUCAAUACGCCAAUUGAGGGCGCUAGGUUCAAUAGAUGAAAGUCUUUGUCUUGUUUCUUGUUUUGGUGAAUUUGGUGUAGAUAGCUAGAAUUAUGUACCUUUCGUUUUUGGGGGAUAGGCAGUACCUAGCAAGUCAAAACUGCAUGGUGUUCUUUUGUGUAUUGUCCUAUCUGUAGCGUAACAUUUUAAAAAUUAAACCUGGUUGUCGUUUCAUAUCUUUUAGCAGUUUGAUUUUUAGCAUCUAGUAAGCGGUUCAAACAGGACUCUCCUGAUUUUUAUUUCUGAACUGCGUAAAUUUUUAACAUUAACGACUCUGUCUCGUUUUAGUUUGGUUUUUAUAAUUAGUCUCUUUUAUCUAAGUUUAGUUAUUUAUUUUACUUUGCUUAAAAGUGAAAUCCCGACAACCCUUGUUUGUGAUGACCAGUCUAAACCAAUGCAUUAAGAAAAGUCAACUUGCGAAAUUUUUAAGUUAUUAUUCAUUUUCGUAUAUGUGGGUAUCCUGCUACACAGCCAAGCAAUUUCUCUUAGCAACUGACCCCCCGAGGUCAUGUGCCGAAGCUAUUUAUCUAAAGGCCUGUUAAGGCAGUGGUUGGCGGGAGAAACGACUGGGCACCACCCUAUUCCCAGGACUCGAUCGUUUUGAAAAUGGCUGAACCUUGAGAAUGCUUCCUUCUCCUAACUUUAAAUAUGACGAAUUUUUUGUCAAAAUAUCAAGGGGUUACCAUAUGAACAACCAGUAUACUAGCCGAAUAUUACCAGUAUAAAGACUGUCUAGUUAGCUUUAUAAUUAUUUCCGUUAAUAUCUCAUUCCUAUUUGACAUCAGAAUCUGUAGAUAAUUCCUUACAUUGCAUUGCUUAUUAGUGACCCGUACGGCCUAAAUGUAUGGUUCUGUACUUAAAAGUGAUACUUGCAGCUUGCUUGCGCUUAAUUUAGCUUCGACAAUGUCGAAAAGCUUUAUGUUAAUAUAUUUUUAGUGUAACAGCAACGUUAAUUGGCUUUGACCGUCAUUGGCGAAUUUAGUGUGUUUUUUAAAUGUACGAAUGUUUAAAAAGCAUUUUGUUACGGCAUAUCGCAGAAAGAAGAAUUUACCUAACUUAUCGCACCAAUUUUCACCACCCGGAUGAUUUAUUAUCGCCCAAAAAUCUUCAAAGCAUUUGUAAAUUUUCGUCACCGGCUCAAUAUGAGAAUCAGGCAGUGAUACAAUACAGUAUAUUCGCCAGUUAUGGUUGCUGUUACCCUGAAAAUAUAUAGAAUCUUUUGAAUAUAGUCUUACCGUGGUAUGGUACAUCAUGUAGCAUUAACACUAUGUACAUUAAAGUGGUAGUCACA